CGCAGCCCCAAAAAACAAUGAGCUAUAAAAACCGUAGUCACACUUCGAGUUCAGCAGCACAAAUCAACUUGUGAUCCAAGCAGCAACAAGCCCAUCUCCUCAAGAUGAAAUUCCUGAUCAUUGCCGUCGCCUUCUUGGCCUGCGCCUACGCUGAUGUUUCCGAGCUGGCUGCCGGAGGAUACGAUUACCCCCAGCCCGCUCCACCGGCACCUGUGAAGAGCUACAUUCCCCCACCGCCACCACCACCCCCACCAGCACCCAAGAACACCUACAUUCCUCCCCCGGCUGCACCUGCCAAGGCCUACAUCCCACCGCCACCACCACCACCACCACCGGCGCCCAAGAACACCUACAUCCCUCCAGCACCUGCUCCAGCUGCUCCCGUGGAGACCUACAUCCCUCCUGCAGCUCCUGCUCCCGCAUACAUCCCACCUGCUCCUGUCCAGGCCGAGGAGCCCAUUAUCGAGGAGAUCGAGCAGCCCGCCCAGGACGGCUACCGCUACAAGACCGUCCGUCGCCGCGUCUUCCGUCACCGCAACUAAGUCCGUGACACCCAAUUGUUGACUAAUGUGAUAGGCCUCCGGCAAAGAUCACCUUGCCCAGGUAUCAGUUAAUGUUUUCUUUAAAGAUGGAUGUGAAGAGUAAAUAAAUAAUCAAAACGCACA